CCCUGUCUCAACGACCCCACCCCACCUCACUGCGGUCUAGAACCAUGUUUUAGGUACCUGGAAUCUACUGGAGAUAAGGUCAGUUGGGAAUCUAGGGGUCACGAAUGUCAGAAAUAAAGGUGCAAGAAAGGGGAGGAGGAAUCGUUUUGGCUUUAAGACACCGGAACCGCCAAGGUUCCUGCGAGCCAUUUGCAGCUUUUGCAAACAGCCUUAAAGUCAUCAGCGCCCCACUGCGGAAUUCAAAGCUAAGCUGUCACAAUUGUUAACACCUUCUUUGACCAGCCUUUUUAUAUUUGACAAUUAUUCUCUUCUGCUCCUUGCCAGCAGGAAGGUUCUGCUGUCUUGGUUUUAGGGAACCCCAUACAGCGAACAGCUCCUUCGCGUGCAGAAGUCGGAGAAGAUUUCUGUCGGCUCGCCCGCUUUGCAGGAUGCCGGUGCAGCUGACAACAGCCCUGCGUGUGGUGGGCACCAGCCUGUUUGCCCUGGCAGUGCUGGGUGGCAUCCUGGCAGCCUACGUGACAGGCUACCAGUUCAUCCACACAGAAAAGCACUACCUGUCCUUCGGCCUAUACGGGGCCAUCCUGGGCCUGCACCUGCUCAUCCAGAGCCUGUUUGCCUUCCUGGAGCACAGGCGCAUGCGGCGGGCCGGCCAGCCCCUGAAGCUGCCCUCUCCGCGGCGGGGCUCGGUGGCGCUCUGCAUUGCUGCGUACCAGGAGGACCCUGACUACUUGCGCAAGUGCCUGCGCUCCGCCCAGCGCAUCGCCUUCCCUGAGCUCAAGGUGGUCAUGGUGGUGGACGGCAACCGCCAGGAGGACGCCUACAUGCUGGACAUCUUCCAUGAGGUGCUAGGUGGCACUGAGCAAGCUGGCUUCUUUGUGUGGCGCAGCAACUUCCACGAGGCUGGUGAGGGUGAGACGGAGGCCAGCCUGCAGGAGGGCAUGGACCGCGUGCGGGACGUGGUGCGGGCCAGCACCUUCUCGUGCAUCAUGCAGAAGUGGGGAGGCAAGCGCGAGGUCAUGUACACGGCCUUCAAGGCCCUUGGCGAUUCGGUGGACUACAUCCAGGUGUGCGACUCCGACACUGUGCUGGAUCCAGCCUGCACCAUCGAGAUGCUUCGAGUCCUGGAGGAGGAUCCCCAAGUAGGGGGAGUCGGGGGAGAUGUCCAAAUUCUCAACAAGUAUGAUUCAUGGAUCUCCUUCCUGAGCAGUGUGCGGUACUGGAUGGCCUUCAACGUGGAGCGGGCCUGCCAGUCCUACUUUGGCUGUGUGCAAUGUAUUAGUGGGCCCUUGGGCAUGUACCGCAACAGCCUCCUCCAGCAAUUCCUGGAGGACUGGUACCAUCAGAAGUUCCUCGGCAGCAAGUGCAGCUUUGGGGACGACCGGCACCUCACCAACCGAGUCCUGAGCCUUGGCUACCGAACUAAGUAUACAGCACGCUCCAAGUGCCUCACAGAGACCCCCACUAAGUACCUCCGGUGGCUCAACCAGCAGACCCGUUGGAGCAAGUCUUACUUCCGGGAGUGGCUCUACAACUCUCUCUGGUUCCAUAAGCAUCACCUCUGGAUGACCUACGAAUCAGUGGUCACAGGUUUCUUCCCCUUCUUCCUCAUUGCCACGGUCAUACAGCUCUUCUACCGUGGCCGCAUCUGGAACAUCCUCCUCUUCCUGCUGACGGUGCAGCUGGUGGGCAUUAUCAAGGCUACCUAUGCCUGCUUCCUCCGAGGCAAUGCAGAGAUGAUCUUCAUGUCCCUCUACUCCCUUCUCUACAUGUCCAGCCUCCUGCCAGCCAAGAUCUUUGCCAUUGCUACUAUCAACAAGUCAGGCUGGGGUACCUCUGGCCGAAAAACCAUUGUGGUGAACUUCAUUGGCCUCAUCCCUGUGUCCAUAUGGGUGGCAGUUCUUCUGGGGGGGCUGGCCUAUACAGCUUACUGCCAGGACCUGUUCAGCGAGACGGAGCUAGCCUUCCUGGUCUCCGGGGCCAUCCUGUACGGCUGCUACUGGGUGGCCCUCCUCAUGUUGUAUCUGGCCAUCAUUGCCCGGAGAUGUGGGAAGAAGCCAGAGCAGUAUAGCUUGGCUUUUGCUGAGGUGUGACACAGCCCCCAAGCAGAGCGGGAAAAGUGCAAUGGGUAAGGGAGGGAAGGGGAAAGAAAGAGAAAAGAUGGGGGUGGGAGGGAGGAGGGAGUGUUGUGUUUUAAUUUCUUAAUGGUCCAAAGGACAAAUCUAAAAACGCAAAGAAUGGUGACUGUAGUAUGGCCUGGGCAGCUCUACUUAGAGGAGGCAACACUGAAUUCUCAGGCUCAGGGCAGAGGGGGCUUGUGCAUUUUCAGGCUGCCUGUCUGCAUGCAUCUGCACAUAAGCAGUGGCCUCUGGAAAAGAUCCUACUUCUCCUGGGAUCCAGAGGGAACUCAGAAGUGUGCUAAACCAAAUAAGUUCAAUUCAGUGUCAACUUCUCACAGGUGUGUGAGCAGUGGCAGCCUGUGGGAAGAGGUUCUAACCAAUAUGAAUGCAACCAGAGGUGGUGAGAGAAUCUCUCCUGAGAGGUCUGGGCCAGCUAGUGUCCCCCCACCCCCCAGUCAUCAAUGCAAUAAGACUGCGCCUGAGAUACAAGGCUCCAAAGCCUGAUCUUUGGGUAUCAGGAAACAGGGUCCAGGAAUGGUGCUUUACGUGAUGUACCCCACUCCACAUCUCAACAUCCCAGGGAUGAACCAAACCAGCAGGCAGUUAGCAUUGAACUGCUUUUCAAAGUAUGUAUUAAAAAGGAAAGUUUGCCAGGAAGAACAAAGAGGUGGCGCUAAAGGCCAUGGGCUAUAUGGAGGCCUUGGGUGUUCCACCUGGAAAUGGCUCGACUUCUAGAUGGAUUCUUAGCUUGUCUGUGAUCUCUGCUGGGGAGAUAAACUGUUUUAGCCAUCCAUCAGGAAGAUUAAACCCCAACAUGUUUAAAAAGGAAGUGAGGUCUUAAGUAUUUUAACCUGUAUACUCCUGAAUUCCUCUCAAGUUCAGCUCUGAUUUGAGGCGAAGAGAUCUUCCUCACUUCACUUUCUUCAAAGGCACAUUUUUUUUUUUUUUGGUCUAACUGCAGUCACCUCUUCCACCCUUGUUGUCAUGGGUAAGUUUUUCAAGGUGGCAACUGGAGCAGAGCCUGGGCUCUUACAAGACCCUCUGCUCUCAGCGCAUACGGGAACUGCUAAGAGCUUCUGAUCAAAUUGGCUAUGGUCUUGGAGCUGUUUGGACAGAUUCCUUGGCACCUGGGUUAGCAUGCAUGACUUUCAGGCUACUGUUCUUGACAAUCAUCUCCAAUGGAAAGCAUUUCAGUGCUUCCAGACUGAACCCUCAAAUUCAAGCUAGUUAUCUUUGAGACUAUCCAUUCUCCUCAGUGGCUUCUCCAGGGAAUUCUAUACCCAGGUUGCAGACAGUCACUCCGUUUGCAAGCUUCUUUCCAGAAACCAAACUAGGAGAUGGAAUUGGUUCCUACAACCUAAGGUUCUUGCUUUUUCAUGUCUGUUGAAGCUGUUUGAUUGAGGGAAAAAGCCAUUUUCUAGUGACUGGCAACCCACAGACUUCUCAGCAUUCAAGUUUAAAACCUGGGAUCUUGACUAAGCCUCUGACUUAAGGAUUGCUUGCUCAGUCUCUUGAAACGUCCAUUUUCAGAGGGACCAGCUAACCCCUCAGAACCAGCACCAAGGUGGAGAGCAGUGGAGGGGGCAAGCCUCCAGUGUACCCAGGUGCUUCCAACAAAAAGUGUGCUCUGAGCCACAGAUGGGCAAACCCUGGUGCUUUCCUUCAUCUCCCGGGAACUCGAGGGUUUUCCAGGUGUAGCCAGCAGCUGCCACAUCACACAGGCCUGGAGUUGCUUUUAAGACUGAUGGCUGAUGUCAGACCCAACCCAUAAAGGCUGGGAGACAACAGGCAUUGGCUAAAGGCAGUUCUGCUGGCCAAGAAGUAAACUAUUUUGAGCACUACAAUGGAGGAAAUCCUGUCAGCCAACUGCAGAGCUCAGACUUCACUAAGGGCUUGUUUAUCUUCAGCUUUUACUUGAACGUUAAUGUAGGAUUAUGGACUCUGGAUGGAGAACUCCUGGCUGUCCUACCAUCAGCUCUGCCUUGUACUGUGGUCAUCAACUUUCCUCUCGGAUCAAAAGCAGACAGGUACAGGUAGUGGGCUCACAACGUUUGACCUCGACUGGUUUUUCUAAGUUAUUUUGUACAUUUUUCAGCAGCAAAACCAAACUGGGUCUUCAGCUUUAUCCCCGUUUCUUGCAAGGGAAGAGCCUUUAUACAAUUGGACGCAUUUUGGUUUUUCCUCAUUGAGGAUUUUAAUCCUCUUUUGUAUUGUUUCUACAAUUUGUAAACAUAUUUAUUUUUACCUGCCUUUUUUUUUUUUUUUUUUUUACUUUUCAGGUCAAAUUUUUUAUACUGCACUUAUUUGUCAAAAUAAAGAUUCUCACAUAACACUGGUAUCU